AUGGAGGAGGAGAUGGCGUCGAUCGAGGAGAACCGCAUCUGGUCCCUGGUUGACCUCCCACAUAGUCGCCGGGCGAUCAGGUUGAAAUGGGUGUACAAGGUGAAGCGGGAUGAAAAUGGAGCCGUGGCGAAGUACAAGGCGUGCCUGGUGGUGAAGGGCUAUGUGCAACGCCAGGGGAUCGACUACGACGAGGUGUUCGCACAUGUGGUGCAGCUGGACACAGUGCGCCUUCUCAUCGCUCUCGCGGCGCACAAGGGGUGGGAGGUGCACCACAUGGAUGUCAAGUCGGCGUUCUUGAAUGACAAUCUCAAGGAGGAGGUGUACGUAGAGCAGCCGGCCGGUUUCAUCAGCACAGACAAUGAGCACAAGGUGUUCAAGCUGAAGAAGGCACUCUAUGGCUUGCAUCAGGCGCCUAGGGCCUGGAACACAAAGCUGGACGACACACUGUUGUCGUUCAGAUUCAGGAGGAGUCCCUCGGAGCACACUAUCUACACCAAGCAGAAUGGGGAGGCGCAGCGGGUGGUUGGGGUGUAUGUCGAUGACCUGGUGAUCAUCGGCGCCAGCUGCGACGACAUCAAGUAG